AUGCAGCCCUCUCAGGCUGGUCAAUUGCCACCUCCGACGAAUGACGAUAUCUACCAUGAUCAUUUCCUCGACAACACCCACGACUUCCAUGCCGCCCUCAAUGAUCGGUAUAUUGCGGGCGCAUCUCUGCAACCUGGUGAUGGCCACAAUGGACUCGGAUAUCGUACUGAUGGUCUCGUGAUGCAGCAGCGACCACCCUCUGAGCUUGGCUUUGGCCGAGGUCAGCCCACGCUGCCCAACAACGAGUCGGACUCUGAGUUUUUCUCAGGGCUUGAGAACGACUCUCACAAUUUGCUCUUCGGUAGUACCAUGUACCCACCCCACUAUCGUAGUCAUGUCAUGGCGCCCGCCUCUGAUGGUGCUGUGCACCAUCAACUCCAGCCAGACUCGGAGGCUGGGCCCAUAUACUUUGAGUCAACGGCCGUGGCUGCACCCUCAAAUCAUCCUUACUCGGCUUCGGGGCCACCCUCUCUUCAUCACCUUCCUAACCAUCUCGGUUCCUUCUUUCAAGGAUACUCUCAACCAUCGCUGACGAAGAACGAGGACGCCCUUUUACCACCAGGAAACCAGGAAUACCCUCCUCGGGAGGUGAUAUUCAGCGCGCAGGAUACCGUGACUGCUAGCAGCAAUCAGCGAGGCGCCAAAAAACGUUCUACUACAAUGUUUCGCCCGUACCAGUAUCCGCCGCCAAAAAAGUCUAGAACGAGAGGAGUGAGCGGUUCAGGUUCGCAGUCCCAGGUGUCGGAGUUGCUGCCAUCAAUGGCAGCUCCCCCUCAACCUACCACUACAUCCGUGACCCAACCUAGUAUGUCGGAGCUUCCAUACGACAAAACCAAUACUCGACACAUGCGAAUCGUUGCGUCCGCUAGGACAAAAAUUUUGGACUAUGCGGUGAACGAGCUCUCUUUACCGACGGGGACGGAUAGGGAGCAGGUAGUUAAACUGCAGUUGGAAAUUUCUGCAACAGCAGAAUAUAAUCAAGAGGCGUUCGGGAAAAAAUGGGCUGCUUCGAAUUGGAAGACGUUAUACCUGUCGCUGUCGGAGCCCUGCAGGUUUAUCAUGCUUACGUGCAAGAAGCAUGCACGCACAGGUGUACAGCGCGGGUUCAAUCUGCGUCCUCCACCACAGUCGACAACCUCCGAACCGGAUCACCAGGCAGCAGAGGUUGAGGACCUGCUCGAUAGUGCGACAUUCCCACCCAAGUAUGUUUUCGGCAAGGACGAGACUGGAGCCUUACACUUCCUUGAAAACCAUGUGGUGUGGGACGUUCUUCUGAAUACCGUGAGAGAGCUCAAGCUCUACGAGUACGUCACAAGCCUCAAGAGCCUUUUUUGCACGUCUGCCGCUGCUGUCAAGUGUGCUUUACGGGAACUUAGGACCGGGAAAUUGGUUGAGAUUCCAUUUUCUGGUAUAGAAUUUAAAUCACUACAUGACUCGCUCGAAGAUUACAUUGACAAAGUCAUCGCUCUCGACCCAGUUUUGUUAAAGCGAUGGGAGGCCUACAAUACGCUUACUUUUCUUAGGCUGCGCCAAUUAUGCUGUUGA